CGCCCGCGCCCCCGACCCGCGACCAUGGUGCCCGGGGCACCCGGCGCGGCCCUGACCCUCUGCCUCUGGCUGGCGGCCGCCGGGGGCUGCCUGGCGGCCGGCCCCGGCGCGGCAGCAGCGCGGCGGCUGGAUGAGUCGCUGUCGGCCGGCAGCGUCCAGCGGGCCCGCUGCGCCGCCAGGUGCCUCAGCCUGCAGAUCACGCGCAUCUCCGCCUUCUUCCAGCACUUCCAGAACAAUGGUUCCCUGGUUUGGUGCCAGAAUCACAAGCAAUGUUCUAAGUGCCUGGAGCCCUGCAAGGAGUCCUGGGACCUGCGGAAGGAGCCGUGCCACAGCUUCUGCGAGCCCCGGUUCCCCAAGAAGAACUACGAGUGCCUGACCAGCUGCGAGUUCCUCCAGUACGUCCUGGCCGUCAAGCAGGGCGACUGUCCCGCGCCCGAGAGGGCCAGCGGCUUCGCGGCCGCCUGCGUGGAGAGCUGCGAGGUGGACGGCGAGUGCUCGGGCGUGAAGAAGUGUUGCUCCAAUGGCUGCGGGCACACCUGCCAGGUGCCCAAGACGCUGUACAAAGGUGUGCCCCUGAAGCCCCGGAAGGAGUUACGGUUUGCGGAGCUGCAGACCGGGCCGCUGGAGAUCAGGUGGUCCUCCAAAUUCAACGUUUCCAUCGAGCCCGUGAUCUACGUGGUGCAGAGGCGGUGGAAUUACGGGAUCCACCCCAGUGAGGAUGACGCCACGCCCUGGCAGACGGUGGCCCAGACCACCGACGAGCGGGCCCAGCUGACCGACCUCCGGCCCAGCAGGUGGUACCAGUUCCGCGUGGCCGCCGUCAACGUGCACGGCACCCGGGGCUUCACGGCGCCCAGCAAGCACUUCCGCUCCGCCAGAGACCCAUCCGCCCCUCCGGCUCCGGCCAACCUGCGGCUGGCCAACGCCAGCACCCACAGCGACGGGACGGCGACCGUGACCCUGGCGUGGGACGUCCCCGAGGAGGCAGACGUCCCCGUGCACCACUACAAAGUGUUCUGGAGCUGGACCGUGGGCAGCAAGGCCCUCGUCCCCACGAGGAAGAAGCGGAGGAAGACCGCGGAUGGCACCCAGAGCUCCGUGGUCCUGGACAGCCUGCAGCCGGGCUGGGAGUACACGGCGGAGCUGCAGGCCGUCGCCUACUGGGGCCAGACGCGCCUCAAGAGUGCCAAGGUCGCCCUGCGCUUCACCCCCUCACACGCUGCCGGCAACAAAGGACACCCCGGGAAGAGCAGGAAGGGCGUGCUGGGGGCACAGGCCGCCCUGCAGGGACGCCGCCCCCCUCGCCUGCUGGAGAUCGGCGCGCCCUUCUACCAGGAUGGCCAGCUGCAGGUCAAGGUGUACUGGAAGAAGACUGAAGAUGCCGGCGUGAAUCGCUACCAUGUGCACUGGCUCCCGGAAGUCUGCGCGCACAACCGCACCGCCGCCGGGCCGGAGUCCUCGACGGCCACCACGCAGGAAAACUACAUCAUUCUGCAAGACCUGUCGUUCUCCUGCAAGUACAAGGUCGCCGUGCAGCCCGCGGGGCCGAAGGGGCGCCUGAAGGCACAGACGGUCUUCUUCAGGACGCCGCCCUGCUCCGCGCUGGAGGGGAAAAGCCGCGGGCACGCCAGCUGCCCCGCACACGGACACGCACACGCAGGUCACGUCCCGCCCAAAGUGCUGGCCAAGCCGGAGAACCUGUCCGCCUCCUUCGCCAUCCGGGACGCAAACGUCACGGGCCGCUUCUCCUGGGCGCUGGCCCCGGCCGGCCCGUCCCCGUCCCCGCCGCGGACCGGCUUGCAGGUGACGUGGGCGGAGGUGACGACCGCGGAGAGCCGGCAGAACAGCCUGCCCAACAGCGUCGUGUCCCGGUCCCAGGUCCUGCCCGCGGACCACAAUGUCCUCACGGUGUCCAACCUCAGGCCGUCCACCCUGUACCGGCUGGAGGUGCAGGUGCUGACCACAGGCGGGGAGGGGCCCGCCACCGUCAGGACCUUCCGGACGCCCGACCCGCCACUGCUGCCGGCGGUGCACAGGCCCGUCCUGAAGCACCGCCACCCCCACCCUCACAAGUCUCCCCCAGAAAGACACUAACCCGCCCGCAGAGGCGCGUGCGCCCAGGAGCCAGCCCGCUGGCCGCCGCCCGGACAGACGGACGUGGGGCUCGCCUCGCACUGGGAGGAGCCCAGCGAUUCCUUCCCGCAGCUCCACCCUCCCCCAGGUCACCCGUCUCCUUCCGCGAGGCCUGCAGGGCUCCGGCAGCGCACGGGAAGCGCAGACGAAGCCCAGCUGCCCAGGGGCUUCCUGUCCACCUCCACGGACGCGUCUGCUCGUCUCCACGGAGCCAACACAGAGCGGGCGUUCCCCUGCGUCCCGCGCGCACGCGGCAAGAUCUCAGAACGCAUCCGCGUGGCCUGCGCACAGGCCACACGCAGAUGCAGCCUGCUGUGCAUCCACACAGGCGUCCGAUUAAAUUAUUGAUCGGGGCUGCAGGGCCAGCUGAGGCGACGCCGUGUGCAGGCCCUGUUUCGUCGAGUGUCGCCCAAGGUGGUUGUUAUUACACGUGGGUGGUGGCAGAAAAUUUUAACCUGAAGUGUGCCGAGGUCGCGUGCAUCUAAAAGUGUCCCCCCUUUAAAUACCGCAUGGUUUCUUGCAUACAAAGACCGUUGAGAGUUCAGUCGGUCCAUUACGAUGGCUGAGCCCCGUCUAAAGCAGGAGGGACGCGGGGAAGGAGCCGGUGUCCAGGGUUUACCUUGCGGAAACGAAAGCGCUUCUCUGGGCCGCUGUCUCCUGUCUCGACCCAUAACCCGAGAGAUUUCCCCCGGGCACGCUUUCUUAUUUAUGCUCCCCUUUUCCUUCAUGGACACGGCUGCUGCUUCGCUUCGCUUUGCUCUCCACCUCACGCGUGUGAAAGCGGACGAACCCUCCUGCUGAGCGUGAGAGCGUCCCAGUCUUGACCGAGACCCGCCUUGGGCCAGCGCCCUGAGCCUGUCUGUGGUCUCCGUGGCAGGCCCCGGGGAGGGGGCUCUCCUCGCGAGAACACAGCUGUGUCCCUCUCUCCAGCCUUUGCUGCCCCCAACCUGCUCCACAUUCCCGCUGGCGAGUGUCCCAGGCUGCCAGCUACCCCGUGCGUGACCGCAGGAACACGUGUCGUAGCGUGUUGUCCGUGUGUAGUGAGGCCACCUCCGUCCCAGAAAUGUCCAGUCGCAGCCUUGUUUGUUAAGGCGAUGAUGAUGCCCACGUACGUGGUGUGGCCUAAGCACAUGAGUGUGCCUGCACAGUUACAGGCGUGUGUCCACGUGUGUCUACUCACACACACACAGGUGGAGGUAUACCACGUGCACCCUGAGGAGAUCGUUUGGGCAGCUCCCCGGCGGUGCAGAAAGACACACAGCUCUCCCACAGGCCCCACGGACAGCCCACUUUCCCCACCCGUGUCCAUUCUAGGAGAAAAGAGCGGUUUACCAGAAGGACGCAUUUGGAAGACAACGGUUUCCUCGUGUCCUGGCCCACCCGCCAGGAUCGAGGACGUUCUCGGGAACCUUCCCAUGAGGUUCUGCGGUAGGACCGGUCCUAGUUGGUGACGGCGCCCCCAGGCACGUGGGGGAUGCAGCCCCCCCCCCGAACCCCUGCUCAGAGCACCCGCGGCUGGCGUCUCCUUGCGGGUGUGACACAUGGCAGAGAGAGGCUGUCCACGGGCCCAUGGGCCCCGCCCUGUCGUCUCUAGGACGCAGCCCCGGAGCUGGCGGCCGGAGAGCAGACAGAGAACCACGCCCCACGUGUCCAAAUUCAUGGUGGUGCGCCUGCCUGCAGGGGGCGCCGUGGAGGGGGACUUCAGAGUGGCAGCGGGUGCCCGUUCUGACCUGAACGUGGUCUGGGAUGUGCUUCUUGCAAGGGGUGCAAAGUCAGCCCAUCCGAGAAUGACCCCUUUUUACCCCGGAGAGCAGGACGGGCCUUCUUUUAAAUGCCCCACCCCUCCGCCGCCCACCCCAUCUUCGGUCCACGGCACAGAGGCGCGCCUCUGACACUACCGUGUAUCCUGCCGCCACGACCAGCGCCCGGAUCUCUGACUCCUAGGACUUGGGAAAUGAAGAGUUGUCCUGAUCAACUUCCCAAGGUCAUCUUCCCCCUUAAUUUGUCACAAACAAAUCCCAGAAUUCCUGCCAGCGAGUUUUCGCAGACUUGUAUAGUUUACCAUGCGGGCGUGUGUGCAUGGCUACAAAAAAAUAUUCUUGUUAUAUAAGUUUAAAUUUAUAAAACUUAAUGAUGUUUCUUUUGUCUGCGUAAUAGACACUGAGCAAAUACAUGCUUCGUUCUAAUGGAGGUCUGAAGCUUUUAUCUUCCCCAGGGAAUCGCAAGGUCCUCUUAGCGGCUUCUAAUGUUGCUAUAAUAGACAGUAAUUACACUACAAUUAAACUGCACUACUAUUACUGGAAGAAAAAUGCUGUUAAUUACACAACAAAAGAAACAUAAGCUUCUUUCAUGCAUUUCAGGAGUCAUCCGUAGUAGUCAAGUGAGAAAAAAAAUUUAAUUGCAGUGUUUUUUUUUUUUUAAUUUUUAGAGAGG